AUGCCCAAAAAGGAAAAAGACCCUGGAAACUUCACUUUGCCGGUGAAAAUUGGGAACAUGGAAGCUAGGGGCGCCUUAGCCGAUAUUGGAGCAAGUGAUAGUUUAAUCCCUCUAUCUAUUGCUCAAAAACACAAUAUAGAGAUGAUCCUUACAAUGAAGACAAUUCAAUUGGCCGAUCGGAUGAUGAAAUUACCUUGUGGAGAGCUUGAGGAUGUUCCAAUUCAAGUGGGACACAUCUAUGUGCCUUGUGACUUUGUAGUGAUGGAUAUGGAGGAAGAUGUUAACACUCCUUUGAUUUUGGGACGUGAAGCUCUUAAAACUUUGUGGGCGGUCAUCAAUUGCAAGAACAACACCAUCACAUGUGAGGCGGUCGAUGAGAAGAUUGUCUUUGAGUUUUCUAAGUUGCUCAAGACCCCCAUGAAAAAUGUUAUAGAGUUGAUGUUAUGA